GAAAGAAGAAGAGAAUGACCAGCAGCAAGAAUCAUUUGGACUGUGUAGCCUGUACAAACAUGGAAGGGGAUUGUUUAAGCUGCAUGAAAUAUCUGAUGUUCGUCUUCAAUUUCUUCAUAUUUCUGGGUGGUACCUGUCUCCUGGGAGUUGGAAUAUGGGUCCUAGUUGAUCCCACGGGAUUUCGAGAGAUAGUCGCUACUAAUCCUUUGCUCUUUACUGGAGCAUAUAUCAUGGUGGCUAUGGGAGCUAUGCUCUUCUUGCUGGGAUUCCUUGGUUGCUGUGGAGCAAUCCGUGAGAACAAAUGCCUUCUUCUUUUUUUCUUCAUGUUUAUUUUGCUAAUCUUCCUGGCAGAACUCUCAGCUGCAAUCUUGGCAUUUAUCUUUAGAGAAAAUCUGACCAGAGAGUUUUUUACCAAGGAGCUGAAAAAGCAUUAUCAGGGGAACAAUGAAUCAGAUGUCUUUUCUUCCACCUGGAACUCAGUCAUGAUCACAUUUGGCUGCUGUGGUGUCAAUGGUCCAGAAGAUUUUGAGGCAGCCUCUCAUUCCAUUCUUCUGGAUUCCCAUCAUGCUGUCCCUGAAGCUUGUUGCCGACGGGAGCUCCAAUCUCGUGAUGGAGCAUUCAUCAGUAAAGAAGAGUGUCUGAAAGGAAAGGAUAUCUAUCAGAACCAACAGGGCUGCUACACUGUGAUCCUGAACUCCCUUGAAACCUCUGUGUAUCUUGCAGGAGCUCUUGCCAUUGGUGUUCUAGCCAUCGAGCUGUUUGCUAUGAUCUUUGCUAUGUGCCUCUUUCGGGGGAUCCAGUAGGAAGUGCUUCAUGAGCCACAAAUGAUUUUUCAAGGACAUGCUUUGAAGAAGGAAAAGAAAGAAGAAAAACUUUAUUUUUUUGGUUAGCAAAAUAAAAAAGGAGGGAAAGGAUUGUAAUAUAUGAAUGAUCAAAAGGAUUGUACUUCAGGGGCUGGAACUUUGAGGUGCUGUCUAGUUCCUUGCCAACUUCAAGGGGAGUCAUUCAUCUGAAGCCACUCAAAAUGGAUUGCACUAAAGGCCUGCAAGACAGGAUAGGAAAUGAACUCUAAUAAUAUCCAGGAUGUUGUGUGGAACACACAUCUCUCGUAUAAUAGUGAUCCAUUGAUUGAAGAAGAAAAAGAAGAAGACCGCCUAUUUUAAAUGAGAUCUUCAUUUAGAAUACUAAACUGUCAUCCAAAGCAUUGUGAUGUAUACAGAUUAGUUCAGUUUUAAGCUAAUAGGGAAAAAUGCAUUGGCACUUGACUUGCUAGUUUUCUGCCAAGAUGGAUAGUUUCCCAUCUCUUGCGCUAUCCAGAAGAUACAAGCAUUCUGGAAUGCUAGGAAUGGAGAACGCCUUCACCAAGAAUCCCAAGGAUGGGAUGGUGUGUGUCAGAUCUAAUGGUGGAACAUACAAUAUGCUGAAAUCAGUGCAUACCAUUUUAGUGCAUACCAUUUAUCACAUUGAAUUUUCUGAUCAGUGUUAUGUGAGAACAAAGACUAAAGCAGCUCAGCUGCUGGUUCCCUCACCUUAAAGAAAAAAAAAUGUCCUUGUCUAGAAUUGUUGGUGCUGUCUCCCUUAAGGAGAUGUAUCUGUUUGGGGUUUUUUUAGGCUUUUGAAUGUUCAUCAUGCUCUGUGAAAAAUACAUUGCCAAGUUUGGCCUUCAUAGCAAUUGAUUAGCUUGGUGUCUUGUCCCCAUGUGCCUUUCAACCGUGUUGUUGUUUUUUUUUUAAGUCCCCAGCAGGCAAGGAAAACAGUGAGGUUCUUUUGCAGUUGUCUUAUGCAGAAUUUAAUUUGUAAGUCUUGUGGUAUUGCUUCUGUUUCAGGCAUUCUUAGCUUAAAACACAAUGUACCCUGACUUAAACCUUUUUUCAUUUUGAACUGUUGCCAAGUUCUAGCUUCAGUGGUCUAUUAUCCACUCAGCAAACACGAUCAAUAAGCCUAAGAGGCCAAACUGAAGUUCCAAGACAUACAAGCAGGGAUGUGUAAAACAUUUCAAGUGCAAAGAAUGUUCAGCUUGAAACUUUCCAUUUCAAAUUUUAAACAGUUCCUUCAAGUUUGAAAUGGGUUGCCCUGACCAUUCCAGAGGAGUGAAACAGCCCUGUAUGAAUCUCAAAACACUUUCUUCCAAUUAGGAAUAUUUUGUUCAGCCUUCAUUCCGAGGAAUAUUUGUUGCCUAGGUUUCUAAUGAAUACAUAAAUUACAGUGAAAUUACAUUACUACAAAAUAGCAGACAGAGAUGUAAACUGGCAAAAUAACAUGAUCUGACACUUUUAAAAAGACAUGGUAACUUAGUACUAAAAAUAUGAAUAGGAUUUGGUGACAUUGCAUGCCAAAGAUGAGAUGUUGAGAGUCCUUGGGGAAAGCAAUAAUAACAGGGUAUUCCUCUAUAAGUAAUAAUCCCCAAAAGUAUAGUUUGGGAAAAAAACAAAACAAAACAGCAAUCAUCUGAUAUGAGGUAAAAAGUGAGAACAUGCUAGAACAAUCAUAAUUAUCAUAACUAUUUGGUUAAUGAAUGGCAACACAUGAUAACCUAAAUCUUAAUGCAAUCCUUGACAAUCUCCCAAACAUGGUUUCAAUGGUAUUUUGUUCAGUUCUACACAUUUGGAAUUCACUAUGGCUCCCAACCAUGACAAAGCCACGUUUUCAGGAUUUGCAAAAGAACUCUGGUAGUUGAACCCAUCUAGAGAUAAUGGCAUGCAGCUCUCACAAUACAGGUAUCAUUUUGUUGGGGUUGGGGGUGGUGGUGGAGCAGAAUUCUAUUUGAACAACAUCUUGGGAUGUACACAGAGUGCCAGGUACUGACCUGUGACUCAGUAACCUACUACUGGCUGCUCCAAUGGGCAGGAUCCAGCCAAGAUGAGCAGCAUGUGAUUGUCUGGUGAUUGUUUAAUUCCAACUACUAUCAACCUUAGCCAACAGGGAGGAUGCUAAGGGUGUUAUUAAUUAUUAUUCAGAAACAUCUGAAGGGCAAUACAUUGGCCAAUCUACUUCAAAGAAUUAGCCCUAAGACCUGUUCUCCAUCUCCCCUACCUCUCCCAAAAGAUAACACAUACCUUGAAAAGUGAAACUAAUAAAUUAAAUGACAGAUGGGGCAGAUGAAGGCAGAGCUAAGAGAAGUCUAGCAGAGUUUCCUAAUAUUCUCUUGCUGUUUCAGAAUCUUAGUGCCUGUGUGUCCUUAGUUUCAUUUCUGACUCAUUCUGUUGUCUCCAUUUGCUCUUCAAUUUGUACUUACUUCUGGUAUUCAUCUUUCCUUUCCUCUGGCUACUUCAGCACAGUCACUCAUAAUAAUCCCAAAGAAAAUUGUAAGGAGCUGUUUAGAUGAUCAAGUCUGACCUCCUGUUUAGUGUCAGAGCCCACCUAGAGCCUCCUGACAGAUGGCUAUCUAGCUUCUGCUUGAGCAAACCUAAUGAAAGGGAGGCCACCACUUCCUUGGCAGAGAUAAGGGGGUAAAUUGUUUUACAAAGUAAUGGGAAUUGUUCACUAGGUACUUGCUGACUUCAGAGAUACCUGUCAAAGGCAAGAUAGAGACAUUUGUCAUCUACUGCAAAACAAUGUUAAUGGAGGGAAGGGAUUGUCUGAGAGAAGAAAGAAAUGUAUUACAUGAGAGAAUUCUUGAAGGUAACGCUACCAAACAGCCAUGUUUGACCAAGCGUACAACUGAAAAAACUUAAUUAGCAUUUCUGUGCUGUCAGAUUUGGAAAAGUCAUUGCAGAAUACUUAAGGAUUACAAGCACGAUUUCUUGUGCGUGUUUAGUUGGAGUUAGGCUGCAGCUGUUAAGCCUAAAUAUCAUUCAUUUGGUUUUGGCUUAGCAGAUCAUUUAAACUCAACCAUUAUGGUUCAUAAACCUUGGUGUGUUGUGCGAACCAGUGAAUUAUGGAUUCGUGCUUAAACAAUCUGUAACUUGGCAUGAU